UGGGCAGUAUAAAAGCACGACGAGCAGGACCAUCGGUACUACUGUUUUGGCAACAGUUUUCAACCAAGACCUCCAUCAACCAUGGCAUACAAGUUUGUUGUGUUCGCUGCGUGCGUGGCUGUGGCCAGCGCCGGCGUCAUCCCCGCUGCCCCUGUGGCCUACGCCGCCCCCGCGGCGUACGCUCACCCCGCCCCUGUGGCCUACGCUCAGCCUGCGGCCUACGCUCACGCCGCCCCCGUCGCCUACGCUCAGCCCGCUGCCUACGCUCACCCCGUCGCCAAGGCUAUCGCCGCCCCCGUCCUCGCUAAGGCCGCCGUCGCCGUCGAUACCGACUACGACCCCAACCCCGCCUACAACUACGCCUACGACAUCCACGACUCCCUGACCGGCGACGCCAAGUCCCAGCAGGAGUCUCGCCAGGGGGACGUCGUCCAGGGCUCCUACUCCCUCGUCGAGCCCGACGGCACCCGUCGUACCGUCGAGUACACCGCCGACCCCGUCAACGGCUUCAACGCCGUCGUGCACAAGGAUGCCCCCGCCGUCGCCGUGAAGGCCGUGGCUGCCGCCCCCGUCGUCGCCAAGGUGGCCGCCCCCGUCGCCUACGCCGCCCCCGCUAUCGCCAAGGUGGCUGCCCCCGUCGCCUACGCCGCCCCCGCUGCGUACGCUGCUGCCCCCGCUUACUACCACCACUAAGUUCCUAUUUGCCAAUAUUUAUUUCAUCUAAAAAAAAUAAACAGUACAAAAACAUUGCUAAA